ACCGCUUCCAGCCGGACGGAGCGCGGCCAGCCGCGCCGGGCCUGUCCCAGGUCUGCGGUGGGGAACCUGCCGGGCCACGUUGGCGGGCCCGGGGCCCGCACCUUCGGUCAGCUCGGUGCCCUUCCCUGGAGCUGUCGGCCGCCAGCAGAACCCGCCCUCUUCAUGGAAAGCCCCGUGCAGUGGCCCCCUGGUGAUGGCAUCCGACAGUGAUGUGAAGAUGCUGCUGAACUUCGUCAACCUGGCGUCCAGCGACAUCAAGGCAGCCCUGGACAAGUCCGCGCCCUGCCGCCGCUCCGUGGACCACCGCAAGUACCUGCAGAAGCAGCUCAAGCGCUUCUCCCAGAAGUACUCCCGGCUCCCGAGGGGCCUGCCCGGCAGGGCGGCCGAGCCCCACCUGAAAAGAGGGCCCGAGGACCGGCCCGGGAGGCUGCUGCUCGAUCCGGGCCCCGAGUCCAGCCCCGGCGGGGGUGGGGGCUGCAAGGAGAAGGCCCUGGGGAAUCCCUACAGCGAGGAGUGUCUUUCGAAGGAGCAGGUCCUGCAGGGGCAGAGUCCAGAAGCCGCCAGGCCUGGCCAGGUGCCCAUGAGGAAAAGACAGCUGCCCGCUUCCUUCUGGGAAGAGCCGAGGCCCACCCACAGCUACCCCAUGGGGCUGGAGGUGGGACUGGGCCCCAGGGAGGGACCUCCCUAUGAGGGAAAGAAAAAUUGCAAGGGCUUGGAGCCCUUGGGGCCUGAGGCUGCCCUGGUGCCCAUGUCCCCAAGGGCCCUGGCCGAAAAGGAGCCGCUCAAGAUGCCUGGCGUGUCCCUGGUGGGCCGUGGCAGUGCCUGGAGCUGCUGCCCCUUGCAGUACCAUGGACAGCCCAUCUACCCGGGCCUCCCGGCCACCCUGCCUCAGAGCCCCGUCCCCAGCUUGGGCCUGUGGAGGAAAAGCCCAGCCUUCCCCGGGGAGCUGGCCCACUUCUGCAAGGAUGUGGACGGCCUGGGGCAGGUGUGCAGGCCCGUGGUGCUGAAGCCCAUCCCCACCAAGCCGGCCAUGGCCCCGCCCAUCUUCAACGUCUUCGGCUACCUCUAGCAGGGCCACCUCCAGCCUGCAGGGGUGUCGGGGGCUCCAGGCGCUCUCCUGCGAGGAGGGGCUGGGCAGCGCGUGGCUUCCUGGGCAUUCCCAAGGCCCCUUCCCUUUGUGUGUGGGGAGGCGGGCAGGACUGGGGCCGGGGCUCCUCACCCUUGUGGCCUUGGGAGCUGCGGGGCUGGGCUCGGCGGGCCCCGUCCAACCAGGCCAGAGCCCAGCAGCUCACCCGCUGUCCCGGCACAGACCACGGGCGGUGGGACUGGGCCCUUCCUUGCCUGCCAGCCACCCCAGAAGCCAGUUACACACCUGUUCAUCUGCCACCCACUGUGUGAGCCAAUCUCAGUUGUUCUUUUUGUUGUUUGUAAAUAUUAAGAAGGUUAAAUGAAUAAAGACAUUUCUUUUACAGUUUCCACAUCUCGGGUGUCCUGAGGCU